CUGAAAGACUUAGCUAUAGAGCUCAAAAUUUUUCCUACUAUGGAAAAUUAUGUGGUUGUAGAUGUGAUGUGUCCAGGCUCCUUUGGUAUCACCUUUUUUGUAGAAGAAAGAAAUUCUGGCUUGGAAUACACAUUGAAGAAGGUAUUAAAGAACACUAGUUAGUUUAGUUUUAGCUAUUCGUGAGCCUGAAUAAUUUCAGAAUUACUUUUUUAGGUGGAAUGUUUGGAUGAAACUAGAGCCAAUCGAAGCCUACAGGAGGUAGACAACCAACUAAUUCAACUUAACUUAACUACUAUCCCUAUACCAAAGAUUGUGUAACAAAUAAUUUUGGUUAUAUUUUUUGCUUUGAUUUGUAAUGAGUUAGCUGUGUUUGUGUGUGCUGUUCCUAGGCUUUGUGUCUCAUCAAUGUGAAUCACCCAAACAUUGUCAGAUACAGAGAGUUAUUCAUAUUGUGGGAUAAACACGUAAGACCUUGUGAAUUUGCUCACAGAAAUGCAAGUUUGUUUUGUCUUUAAGUAUUUUUGUUGUUGUUUCUGUUCGCAUAUAUAGUUUGAUUAAUAUACGACAGAUUAUUUAAGACAAGUCAUUCAUCAUAGAUAACAUCGUCCAUGCUUUCAAUGGUAAUGGACUGUCCUUAUAUGACCACCCUCAAAAUAGUCAUCUCGUCUCAAAGGGAGCAAAAGGAGAAGUUUGAAGACAAGAAAUGCAUACUUUGUAUAGUACUUACAGAUGUUCUUGGGACAAAUGGUGGAUGCAUUGGUCUACCUCCACAACAGAAACAUUUUACACAGAAAUCUGAAACCAUCCAACAUUUUGAUGAGCAGUGACUCUGUCUUUCGCAUAUGUGAUUUUGGAACAGCAACUAUCACACAAGAUCGUACAAAGGUUGAUAUAAGAAUCAAAGAGAGUGAGAAGUGCUGGAUGGCCCCGGAGAGCGUGAUGUUGCUCCAGUGGAGUGACAAGUCUGACGUUUGGUCACUCGGCUGUGUCCUCCUGGAUAUGCUGAUAUGUCACAUACUGAAUGAGGAGGCCUCUUUGUUACAGUUGAGUCAACUGAGACAAGAUCUCAGUCCUUUGGAUCUUAUCAUAUGCAAAGACUUUCGCAAGCUCCUCACCAGGAUGUUAAGCCACAAUCCGAAAAAUAGAGCCAAUGUCUGGGUGCUGGCAAAUGAAGCUGUUGUGAAACAAAGUCUGAUUCUCUGUGGUUCUUCACCACAUACAAUUACGCGGACUCUUCCUCAAGGAGUCACUGGGCCACCAUUCCAUGAAGGGAUUGACAGUGUUUUGGAUUUUAUGAUGACUUAUACAGAUGUGGAGGCCAUUCAGCUUUCUGUUCUGUCAUACCUACUGAAGGAGGAAAGAAAGGAGUGCAUUCUUUAUAUAAUAGCCAUGAGCAGAAUUGGUGAUGUGGUAGAGGCUGUGACUUCUGCUAUGCUGAGCCACUCUGAGUCAGCUUGCAUUCAGCUGAAAUCAUUCCAGCUCAUACAACUCCUUCUAACUGCAGAGGAGGCCUGUGAACUGAUUGUGAAACUGGGCAGUGUUCAUCAUGUAUUGAAUACAUUAAAGGACUACCCACAUGAGAAGGAUAUCAUCAUCCCUUGCUGCAAAAUCAUACAGUGUACACUGGAAAAAGGCUAUGGUGCUCCAGAAUCAUUUCCAGAUGCUGUUGAGACAUUGUGCAUUGUGAGUGAGAUGCAUAUGCAAGAUGCAGUUGUGACAGAAUGCUUGUGUGCUGCACUACAGUUUCUGAUUAAUCAAGCACUACAUGAAGAGAAAGAUAUUGAGAAGGCUACUUGUCUCUUGAUUCAUCAACUCAAAAGUCAUCCAAAUGAAGCUGCUAUAGUGAACCAUGUGUUUGUCGCUAUGGCCGGCUUAAUCACAACGUCAGAGACUGCUGCUUUACAGCUUCUCCAUGUACCAGAUGAAAUAAAUGGUGUUUAUCACAUCAUGGCCGCUCGAAGACACCAUUCAGAUUACCCAAAGGUCACAGAGAACUUUUGCCAUCUACUGAAGCAACUAGUCCAACAUGAUGCUGUCAUUCCUGAAUUGCUUGCUAAAAAUGUACAGGAAGAAUUGGGGCAGAUACUGCAACAAUAUGAGUCCAUCACGGAGACUGUGCUGUUGGCACAGGACGCCCUGUCGAAAAUGAUGAGCCUUAAAUGAUGUAGAGUCGAUAAGUUCAGCAUGACCACGGCCAUGGGGGCAUUUCAAUUUAGCAUAUUGAAAUAUUCAUAUAUCCUUGCAUUCCUUUAUGAGCAUAAAAUUGUUCCAUGUUUUUGGUCAAUAAAACAACAUAUUCAACCAUUUAGAAUUCUACAUCAUUUAUUUUUGAUGGUCUAAAUUACAUGCUUCCAGUAUUAAUAAAUAAUACCCAAAAUACUCGCAUUUGGUAAGUGUGUUAUCCCAGAGAACAUAGGGCUACAUCCUGGAUGGAAUGAAAGUCCAUCACAGUGCACCAUUUUCAAUCAUUUACACAUAUGGGCAAUUUAUGAUAGCAGAUCCACUUACUUUCAUUUACCAGACAACCCAAAAUACAUAACAUUUUAAGCUACAUAUUAAUUUUAUCCAACGUGUCUUCAUGGAUGGAUUCAUAUACGCCAUACAGGACUCCUGACCUCUCAUGUUUUAAGUAAAGGAAGAAUGUUCCCAUAAUUAAUGAGAAAACAUUAUAAGAACUACAAAGUUAAAUAUCAGUGCAUUGCAUUUUCAGAAGGACAGGAACAUCUUAGCUUGACCAACGCUGUGUAAAAUGUGUGAGUAUGUUAUUAUCAUACUGAUUCGCUUGAAACAGCUGAAAUAAGGAUCAGUCUAAGAUUCAAAACAUGACCGUUAUAAACAUGGUGCAAUUUAUCAUAGCCGAUCCACUUACCGUCAUGUUUUUUGGAGGUAGGAGGAACCUGGACAACACAGAACAACCAAAAUACAUAAAGUCUUUCAGCUACAUAUUGGCUCAUUCUAUCCAAACUCUCUUCAUGGAUGUAUUCAUACAGGACUCCUGACUCCUCAUGUUUUAACUAAAGCAACGAUGUUUUGCAUAACUAAUGAGGAAACAAUCUAGGAAAUAUGAAGUUGGAUCUCAGUGCAUUGCAUUUUCAAGGGGGACAAGAUCAUCUUGGUUUGACUAAUGCUGUGUAAGAUGUGUGAGUAUGUUAUUAUCAUCAUUGAUAACCAGCAGAGAUAUGGAUCAGUCUAAGACUCAAAACAUGAUCAACUGUUAUUGAUCUAUCAAACAUGAAUGGCAGUCAUGACCAGUAUAAGAGCUUAUAUUUCAAU